UACUGCCGGGAGGAACGUGUUCAGCGUCCCUGCAUCUCGUGUUCGGUACACGUGGUUGCUCUCAUACUUGUCUCUUGUACAGCGUAAAAACUAGCUAAGCUAAUCUACAAUCUCAGCCCGUGUCGCCUCUCAUAUAUCAUAUGUUUUCCCGCCGGGCGUACUUUACGUGGAGGCCUACCCUCUGUCUGAUUUUGCGGUUCGGUUAUAGCUCUGCAACAUGAUGUGGUGUAUACAAGUGUUGCUGCUCGUGUCCGCUGUCUCAAUGGGGUCGGCGGAGGUUUUCUCCGAUGACCAGGCGAGUAAGGUGGCAAUGUUUGUGGAAGAGGUCAUGCGGUGUAGACAGGUCCCCGGGCUGACCCUGGCUGUUGUGAAGGGGGGUGAGACGUGGACACGGGGGUUCGGACAGGCGGACAUAGAACAGGGAGUGAACGUCACCAAGGAUACUUUGUUUGGAAUUGGAUCUGUGACCAAGGCUUUCACGAGUACCCUCCUGGCCAUGAUGUUGGAUGAAAGUAAUGGAAGUUUAACAUGGACGUCAAAGGUAAAGGACGUAUUGGGUCCAGACUUUGCAUUUGUGGACAAGGAGAGAACAAAGGAGACUACUCUGAGGGAUCUUUUGACCCACCGCACAGGGCUACAUCCAUCGGUCUUGCCCCUGUUUGCUGGAUUGGACCCCAACUUGACGAGAACUGAUUUUGCCAAGCGUUUCCGCUUUCUUCCGGAAGUUAAACCAUCCCGUGACGCCUACCAGUACAAUAACUGGGUGUACGAGCUGCUCGGCCAUAUUGUGGAAGUGUUGUCAGGGGAAUCCUACGAAGUCACUCUGGAGAAACGAAUCUUCAAGCCACUGGGGAUGAACCAGUCACGUGUCCUGGGAAAGACGAUAACUACAAAUGCAACAGGAAUGGCAAAACCCUACUUUGACGUGGAGAACGAGCUCAUAUUAACGGAUCCCUCCAUUUACGACAUACAUCCAGGAGAGGCCGCGGGUGCUAUUGCGUCUUCAGCAGAGGACAUGGCUAAAUGGAUGCACUUCCUGCUGAGGCAAGGGGUGACAGCGGACAACGUCACACUGGUCAAAUCUAAAACAUUUGCGGAGGUCUUUAAAUCUCACGAGAGUAUUCCUACCAGUCACUCCUUGUCAAAGCCAAAGUAUCCCGUGGUGAACUUGCAGUAUGGCUAUGGCUAUGCAUGGUUCAUAUCGACAUAUAAAGGAUAUAAACAGUUCAUGCACACCGGAGGCUUCUAUUCUUACAUAACCUACCUUGAACUUUACCCCGACUUGGAGUUUGGAAUCUUUGUAAGUGCCAAUGGACCGGGGACAGCGGAUGAGGGAAUUGCAGAAAAUAUUAUCUCAUUCUAUAUUUCCGAUAUUUUGAUCGGUGAUCAGCCUUGGCUAAAUUCAACCACGGCCUGCACAUUCCCUUUGCCAUGGGACAAGGCGCCACAAAGCGGCCAAAAUAAUUCCGACGUCACGAACGCUGAAGUGGAAUGCCUUGAUUGUUAUGUUGGCAAAUAUGGACACUAUUUGUUUGGUGACCUUGAUGUUAAGCUGGGGUCGGGGUCGUCAUUGGAACUUCACUACAACAGGUUACAGGGUUCUCUCAAUGCCACAGUGGAUAAAAGUACAUUUAAAUUGGAUGUAUUGGGUUCCUUUAGGUUUCUCUCUCGGCCAGGUAAUGCUACCGUACUUGUAAAAGCACACUUCCAUGGGUUAAACAAAGGAAAGUAUUCACAAAUUGACCUCAGUCUCCCCCACAAGUUGACAUUUAACAGAGCUAUCAGCUUUUAUGACAAAAACAUAUACACAAGUACCAAAACUGAAACAAAUGGGCAGACUGUAAAGGAGUUUAGCAAUCUUCUGAUGGUGUUCGCAGCAUUUUGUGCAGUCUUGUUUAAGUGGUAGGGACUGUGUAAAGUUCUACCUGGACAAAGAGGAUUUUUCAUGAUAAAUAUCGGUAACUCCUUCCAUUAAAUAGUUUAAUCAAUUGUGUUCAUAUCUGGAGAAAUACCGAUGAAAAGAUAUACUUAACGUUAUUUUGUAUGAUGUAAAAAAAGAUUUGUUUUCUAAAAUGUUACAAUUUGGAGGGUUGUUUUCAAUAAUUGAAAUAACUAGUAAUGAAAUGUAAUAUUUUGUUUCUACUUUACAAGCUGAUUGUUGCUGUGUCCUCUAUUGAAAUGUAGGCACAAUCUAUUGAAAUGUAGGCUCAAUCUAUUGAAAUGUAGGCACAAUCUAUUGAAAUAGAUUAAACUGCUAAAUUGUAUGGUUUAGUAAAAUGACAAAUGACCAAAUUCAGUUUUACAUUUUGAAAGCACUUUCAGCACAGAAUGGCAUUGUCUCCAAUACCUGGGGCCUGGGCCUGAUGUGACUGGUUAUAUAAUGCUUCAGGCAAAACUGUAUAUGUGUAUACAUGUAUGUCAUUUGACCGCCGAACACAAACUCGUAAACUUUUGUUUGCUUCAGCACUGAUCCCCUUUACUGACAUUGCUGUCUACACAAAGCAAGUGUAUGUACAUUGUGAUCACACAAAUGGCUUAUUCUUACAAAAUGUUGAAUAAAAUGCAACACUUAUUAAGUCAACUUCACAUUCACGAAGGAAAUGUUUUGAGACCGUGAUAUAUUGAGACGAUGUUUUUCAGAUAUGAUGCAAACAUUAAUGUUCAUCUGAUCUGAUUGCAGUCUUGUUUACCAUGUGUUAAACAGAACCUAGUCUUUAUUUUUUACGUAUUUGGCCUUAUUAUUUCAUAUGAGCUUUGGUAGGUUAAAUAUCAGGACGCAUUUGAAACUCAGGUACUUUGAAUAACUUGUCAAGGCCUUGUAGAGAACGCUGUUGUAAUUUGGAGUAUCCCGUACAUAUAUGUUUGAUAAGCAGUCGGGCACGAUAUUGGUUAAGGUUUUGUCGUAACUCAGUGAACUCCAACUGAAGUGACAAAGUGAAUCGGUAACUUGAUACUAUUAAUAUAGUUAUUUGUCUUUGUGCUGGGGCGAUAGUCCCGGGGAGACGUUCGUAAAUAAAUUACUUGUUUCUUGUGAAUUGUUCAACGCCGCACCCAGCAAUAGUUAAGAUAUAUUUCGGCGGUGUAUGAAUAAUCUGGGUUUGAUAUGAUGAACGAUCUAUGCCGUCGUGGUAUGAUGGCACGCAGUCCUGGUAUGAUGGCACGCAGUCGUGGUAUGUCGGAACGCAGUCGUGUUAUGAUGAUAUGCAGUCGUGGUAUGUGGCACGUAGUCGUCGUAUGAUGGCACGCAGUCGUGGUAUGAUGGCACGCAGUCGUGGUAUGAUGGCAUGCAGUCGUGGUAUGAUGGCAUGCAGUCGUGGUAUGAUGGCACGCAGUCGUGGUAUGGUGGCACGGAGUCGUGGUAUGACGGCACGCAGUCGUGGUAUGGUGGCACGGAGUCGUGGUAUGGUGGCACAGAGUCGUGGUAUGACGGCACGCAGUCGUGGUAUGGUGGCACGGAGUCGUGGUAUGAUGGCACGCAGUCAUGGUAUGGUGGCACAGAGUCGUGGUAUGGUGGCACGCCGUCGUGGUAUUGUGGCACGCCGUCGUGGUAUUUUGGCCUCCUGAGUCUGACCACUCGAUCCAUUAAGUCGCCUCAUCCGACAAGCAUAGGUUGCUGAGGAUCUUGGAACCACCAUGGACUCCCUAGGUAGCCGUACAUGUAGGUAGCAAUAUUCAAUAAAUGUAUACAUAUGUUAAGUAUAUGAUGAUUGUUUUAAUAAACAGAG